UGUAUUCCAUUUUUGUCUCUUUCUCUCUCCCUCUCUUCUUUCCAGGCUGAGGGAUUUGGGCAGUGAGAGAGGGAGAGAGAGAAAGGGGGGAUAGUUUUUCCUUAAAUAUAAAAAAAAAACAACUAGAAGGCUAGGGAGAGGAAUAGGCAGCCAUCUUCCCUGCUAACCUCACCCUGCUCACAGCCACCCCAGGCUUGCAGCCCACUGGCACCUUAUGGGUUAAUACUUGGAGCGCUUUUGGGGGGCACAGAAAGGACCAAGAUUGCGAAAUAAGCUGCAGAAUCCGGGGGAGAGGCAGCAAUGAGAGGGCCACUGGGGAAUGAAGAGGACCCGAUGGAGGAUAUGGACAAUGAAGACAUGUCAGACGAAGAAGAGCGGACCAUGGAAGCUAUAGAUGAGUUCUUCUCUGAAGAACAAGUCAUUCCGCAGAAGAAGAAGAAAUCCAAAAAAUCUAAAGAAAACAAGAUGACCAAAACAAAGAGGAGGAAAAAUGAGGGAAGUGAUGAGGAUAUGUCCGAUAACGAGGAUGAGAUGGAAGCUGAGAAGUCGGAGAGUGAAGGAAGCGACUAUGCUCCCAAUAAGAAAAAGAAGAAAAAACUUAAGGAGAAAAAAGAGAAAAAAACUAAACGGAAAAAGAAAGAUGAUGACGAGGAGGACAAUGAUGACGGAUGUGUGAAGGAGCCCAAGAGCUCGUCGCAGCUGAUGGAGGAGUGGGGUCUGGACAAUGUGGAUUACGCCUUUUCGGAAGAAGAUUAUCACACACUGACUAAUUACAAGGCCUUCAGUCAGUUCCUCAGGCCUUUAAUAGCCAAGAAGAAUCCUAAGAUCCCGAUGUCCAAAAUGAUGACUGUGCUUGGUGCCAAAUGGCGAGAGUUCAGUGCCAACAACCCGCUGAAGGGAAGCUCGGCAGCGGCGGCAGCUGCUGCAGUGGCCGCUGCUGUGGAAACUGUGGCAGUCGCUCCCCCGCUCUUGGUUGCCCCUCUGCCAACACUUCAACCUGCUCCUUUAAGGAAGGCCAAAACCAAGGAAGGGAAAGGGCCGGGCGUAAGGAAAAAAUCAAAGUCAUCCAAGGAUGCAAAGAAGAAAGGUAAAGGGAAGAAAGUUGCAAGUCUAAAAUUUAAGUUUGGAGUCAUGGCGAGUAAAAGGAAAAAAAGAUCUUCGAGUGAGGAGGAUGAGAGGGAGGAAUCCGACUUUGACAGUGCCAGUGUAAACAGCUCCUCCGUCCGGUCGGAUAUCUCCAGUAGUCUUGGGAAGAGAGGAAAACGGGGGAGAAAAAAGAAGCGAGUUGAAAUUGGGGAAGGAGAUGGAUAUGAAACGGACCAUCAGGAUUACUGCGAAGUGUGUCAGCAGGGAGGAGAGAUAAUACUAUGUGACACGUGCCCUCGUGCCUAUCACCUUGUCUGCCUGGAUCCAGAACUGGAGAAAGCCCCUGAGGGCAAGUGGAGCUGUCCGCACUGUGAAAAAGAAGGAAUCCAGUGGGAACCAAAAGAUGAAGAUGAAGAUGAUGAGGAUGGAGUAGACGAGGAGGAUGAGGAAGAUGAUCACAUGGAGUUUUGUCGUGUCUGUAAAGAUGGAGGGGAGCUCUUGUGCUGUGACACUUGCCCCUCCUCUUACCAUUUGCACUGUCUUAACCCACCUUUGCCUGAAAUACCAAAUGGUGAAUGGUUAUGUCCACGUUGCACAUGUCUGCCCUUAAAGGGCAAAGUACAAAGAAUCCUACACUGGGUGUGGAGAGAGCCUCCUUUACAUAUAUCAGGGCCACCCUGUGAGAUCGACCCCCUUAUGCCGCCCCCAAAGCCUGUGGAAGGCAUUCCGGAGCGUGAGUUCUUUGUCAAGUGGGCUGGGCUCUCCUAUUGGCACUGCUCAUGGGUGAAAGAGUUACAGCUGGAACUUUACCACACAGUGAUGUUUCGGAAUUACCAAAGAAAGAAUGACAUGGAUGACCCGCCACCAUAUGACUAUGGUUCCGGGGACGAGGACACCAAGAGUGAGAAAAGGAAAACUAAAGACCCUCAUUAUGCAAAAAUGGAGGAGAAGUUCUAUCGUUAUGGCAUAAAACCGGAGUGGAUGAUGAUACAUCGGAUAAUGAAUCACAGCUUUGACAAGAAAGGAGAUGUCCAUUACCUGAUUAAGUGGAAGGACCUGCCCUAUGACCAGUGUACGUGGGAAAUUGAUGACAUCGACAUUCCAGAUUACGAAAGUCUGAAACAAGCUUACUGGAAUCACAGAGAGUUAAUGUUGGGAGAGGAAACGAGAACUCCGUGUAGAUUUAAGAAAAGCAGGAAACUAAAGGAUGAAAAACUUGAAAAACCUCCUUUAACACCUAUAGUCGAUCCUACAGUUAAAUUUGAUAAACAGCCGUGGUACAUCAAUGCCACGGGUGGCACAUUACACCCGUACCAGCUGGAAGGAUUGAACUGGCUAAGGUUUUCUUGGGCGCAGGGCACGGACACUAUCCUCGCCGAUGAGAUGGGUCUAGGAAAGACUGUCCAAACUAUCGUGUUUCUCUACUCCCUGUACAAAGAGGGUCAUUCUAAAGGUCCAUAUCUGGUCAGUGCUCCCUUAUCCACCAUCAUCAACUGGGAGCGCGAAUUUGAGAUGUGGGCGCCAGAGUUCUACGUUGUCACCUACACUGGAGAUAAGGACAGCCGAGCAGUAAUCCGGGAAAAUGAAUUUUCAUUCGAGGAUAAUGCCAUCAAGAGUGGAAAGAAGGUGUUCAGAAUGAAAAAAGAAGCGCAAAUAAAAUUCCAUGUAUUACUCACAUCAUAUGAACUUAUCACUAUUGACCAUGCCAUCCUGGGCUCCAUUGAGUGGGCAUGCCUCGUGGUGGAUGAAGCUCACCGACUGAAAAACAACCAGUCAAAAUUCUUUAGGGUAUUGAAUAGCUACAAAAUUGACUACAAAUUGCUGCUAACUGGAACUCCGCUCCAGAAUAACCUAGAAGAGCUGUUUCAUCUUCUUAACUUCCUUACACCUGAAAGAUUCAACAAUCUGGACGGCUUCCUGGAAGAAUUCGCUGACAUCUCUAAGGAAGACCAAAUUAAAAAACUUCAUGACUUAUUGGGGCCUCACAUGCUUCGGAGGCUGAAAGCAGAUGUUUUUAAGAACAUGCCAGCCAAAACAGAAUUAAUAGUACGAGUGGAGCUUAGCCAAAUGCAAAAGAAGUAUUAUAAAUUCAUUCUAACCAGAAAUUUUGAAGCGCUGAACUCCAAAGGAGGCGGAAACCAGGUGUCGUUGCUGAAUAUCAUGAUGGACUUGAAGAAGUGCUGCAAUCACCCGUACCUGUUCCCUGUCGCUGCUGUGGAGGCACCAGUUCUGCCAAAUGGAUCAUAUGAUGGGAGCUCUUUAGUAAAAUCUUCUGGAAAAUUGAUGCUGCUACAGAAAAUGCUAAAAAAGCUAAAAGACGGUGGACACAGAGUUCUGAUCUUUUCUCAGAUGACGAAGAUGCUGGAUUUACUUGAAGAUUUCCUGGAGUAUGAAGGGUAUAAGUACGAGCGGAUAGAUGGAGGAAUCACCGGGGGGCUGCGUCAGGAGGCAAUUGACAGGUUUAAUGCUCCAGGUGCCCAGCAGUUCUGCUUCCUACUCUCUACCCGAGCCGGAGGAUUGGGAAUAAACCUGGCUACUGCUGACACAGUCAUUAUUUAUGACUCUGACUGGAACCCGCACAAUGAUAUACAGGCUUUCAGCCGAGCUCACAGAAUUGGGCAGAAUAAGAAAGUUAUGAUCUACCGAUUUGUCACACGUGCAUCAGUAGAAGAGAGAAUCACCCAGGUGGCAAAAAGGAAAAUGAUGCUGACUCACCUCGUUGUACGGCCAGGACUCGGCUCCAAAUCCGGAUCCAUGUCCAAGCAGGAACUGGAUGAUAUUUUAAAAUUUGGAACCGAGGAGCUGUUCAAGGAUGAGAUUGAAGACCAUCAUUGUGGCAACUUAACAGUGUACAAGAAAACUGGUGACAAUAAGGAUGUUGAAGACAGCAGUGUCAUCCACUAUGAUGAUGGUGCAAUCUCCAAGCUCCUGGACCGAAACCAAGACGCCACGGAUGACACCGAAAUCCAGAACAUGAACGAAUAUCUGAGUUCUUUUAAAGUGGCUCAGUAUGUUGUGCGAGAAGAAGACGGAGUGGAGGAAGUGGAACGGGAGAUUAUAAAACAGGAAGAGAACGUGGAUCCAGAUUAUUGGGAAAAGCUGCUACGUCAUCACUAUGAACAACAGCAAGAAGAUCUCGCCAGGAAUCUGGGAAAAGGGAAACGAAUUCGCAAGCAAGUCAACUACAAUGAUGCUUCACAGGAAGACCAAGAAUGGCAAGACGAGCUUUCUGACAACCAGUCAGAAUAUUCCAUUGGUUCUGAGGAUGAAGAUGAAGACUUUGAAGAGAAGCCUGAAGGUCAGAGUGGGAGGAGACAAUCCCGUAGACAGCUCAAGAGUGACAGAGACAAGCCCCUGCCACCUCUGCUAGCGCGGGUUGGUGGGAACAUUGAGGUUCUUGGGUUUAAUGCACGGCAACGUAAGGCCUUCUUAAAUGCUAUAAUGAGAUGGGGAAUGCCUCCGCAGGAUGCCUUUAAUUCACACUGGCUUGUCCGGGACCUCAGAGGAAAGAGUGAGAAAGAAUUCAGGGCAUAUGUCUCAUUAUUCAUGAGGCACCUCUGUGAGCCUGGUGCGGAUGGAGCAGAGACCUUUGCUGAUGGGGUUCCUAGGGAAGGACUUUCUAGGCAACACGUCCUGACCAGAAUUGGAGUCAUGUCACUGGUUCGAAAGAAGGUACAAGAGUUUGAAAAAGUGAAUGGCAAGUACAGUACCCCGGAUAUGAUCCCUGAGGGUGCCGAGAAUAAGAAAUGUUUCGACAUAGUUUCAUCGGAUCCCACCACGCCGGUUCCAGCAAGUCCUGCUCCUAUACAACCAGGAGCAGUUACAGUACCAGAAAAAUGUGAAACGCAGUGUGCACUAUCAGAGGAGACCGAUAAUGGGGAACAGAAGACCAAACCUCAAUCAGAAGCCCAGCUUCCUACCAAGCUGGAGAAAGAAGAACUUGAAGAAAAACCAGAAUGUCUUGAAAACAAAGAAAAUAGGAAAAAAGAAUCUGGAGAUGAUGAGGAGGAUGAGAAAGAGACAUUGAUCCAGAAUCAAAAAGCAGCAGAAGUCCUACAAGAGGAAACGGCCUUAGAAAAACCCGGACUGAACAACGCACAGAAUAAACUGGAAGACAAGGAACCAAAAUCAGAGGAGGACAACAAAGUAGAUGAAAAAGAAGAGUGUUUGAACCAGCAGAACGGGGAAAACUGCAUAAAACAAGAAGAUGAAGAAGGAAAAAGAGACGAUAGUGGAAAAUUUAAAUUUAUGUUUAAUAUUGCCGAUGGUGGUUUUACAGAGCUUCAUACGCUUUGGCAAAACGAGGAACGAGCUGCUGUAUCUUCUAGCAAAAUCUAUGAAAUAUGGCACAGGCGACAUGACUAUUGGCUGCUUGCCGGAAUUGUCACACAUGGCUAUGCCCGCUGGCAGGAUAUCCAGAAUGACCCCCGGUAUUUAAUUUUAAAUGAGCCCUUUAAGUCAGAGAUUCACAAGGGGAACUACUUGGAAAUGAAAAAUAAAUUUCUUGCACGAAGAUUUAAGCUACUGGAACAGGCACUAGUGAUUGAAGAACAGCUCAGACGAGCAGCGUAUCUCAAUAUGACCCAGGACCCGAACCACCCAGCCAUGGCACUCAAUGCCCGCCUGGCCGAAGUGGAGUGCCUCGCUGAGAGCCAUCAGCAUCUCUCCAAAGAGUCCCUGGCAGGAAACAAACCUGCUAAUGCUGUGCUACAUAAAGUUCUGAACCAACUGGAGGAGCUGUUAAGCGACAUGAAAGCCGAUGUGACCCGGUUGCCCUCUAUGCUGUCUAGGAUACCACCCGUGGCUGCCCGCCUGCAGAUGUCUGAGCGCAGUAUCCUUAGCAGGCUGACCAACCGAGGAGGUGACACCACAGUCCAGGGAACAUUUGGAUCCUCGCAGAUGUACAAUAACUUUGGCCCAAAUUUCCGUGGGCCCGGACCAGGCAGCAUAGUCAAUUACAGCCAGAUGCCCCUGGGACCUUAUGUAACAGCACCGAAUGGGGCACACUCCUGUUUCCCGGACAGGAAAUCGGUAGAGUCACUGAUGGACGCUGCGUCUAUGGAGCGAAAGGGAAGAACCCAUGACAUCAUUUUUAUUGAAGAUUAACGUCUCAGAAGCAAGGAGUGCGCAGAGACAGCCAUAUCUAGUGUCCUACAAAACACACAACCACCUAAAGAACUUGUUUGAGAAAAAAAAGUAAAAAAAAAAGAAAAAAAAAAGGAUUUAAUUUCCUUGUACAUUUUUUGCACUUUCUUAUUGAAGACUUGAAGAGUUUGUCUUGUUACCAGUUGAAACACACCUGAAGGAUAUUACGGACUAUUUAUGUUUCUUUCUUAUCAGAGGAAACCGGUUUGUUGUCAAGGAACCAACUUAAUAUGCAGCUUUUUUGGACUUUGUUAAAUCUUUUAUGCCUUUUUGUUUUGUUCUGUUCUAGAAGCUGCAUGCACUUAUUUGGCCCUUGGCCCGGAUAACAUUAGCUGGUCACAGUAAAACACAUUCCCUUGCAGCCAUCUUCAUGACUGGAGUGAUGAGCAACCGUUAAUUGCUACCACAAGUACAGAUUACUAAUACUACAAGUUUUUAGGUGUAUUUUGCCAAAAGCAAGACCUGCCUAUUGUGCUUGUCUGUCUGUCUACAUAUACUCAAUAAACAAACUCCGCCCACUUG